AUGGCUGUGGAGGCAUCUGGAGCUGCUGGAAUCUGUGGGCUGGUGUUGAGCAACCUCAACUCAUACCUGAGGUACCCUCAGCAGGGCUGGCCCCAGGGCUCUGGGGUGAGAGAAACCGAGACCAUUGAUGCCCGAUGGCUUGACUAUCCUGCCUCUGGAGACUUGCCAGAUGAUGAAGACAUUGGUGAAUUCAGGCCUCACUUAACUACUGAUGGGGUAGAUAUAGAUGAGGCAUCUGGAUCUGGAGACUAUCCAGACUCUGAAGAAACCAUAUAUCUGACCACCAUGGAUACUCCUGUGAUAUCUGACAACCAUAUCCCUGGAGAUACUGAGAGAAAGAUAGAAGGUGAGAAGAAAAACACAAUGCUGGACAAUGAAAUCAUUCCAGACAAAGCUGUACCUGUCGAAGAGAACCUGUCCAACAAGAUCUCCAUGGCAAGCACAGCCAACAGCAGCAUCUUUGAAAGAACAGAAGUCCUUACAGCUCUCAUUGCAGGAGGGGCAGUGGGCCUCCUGUUUGCUGUCUUCCUCAUCCUCCUCUUAGUCUAUCGCAUGAAGAAGAAGGACGAGGGCAGUUACGACCUUGGGAAGAAACCCAUCUACAAGAAAGCCCCUACAAACGAGUUCUAUGCUUAAAGCUCAGCAGCACCUUGUGCCCAUCAAGGGACAAACAGACUGCAUGGAAACACUGUGCCCUCAGAUGAGAUGUGCUGAACAAAUGCUCUUUUUGGAUUGAGUUUCAAAGCGACUUUGAGAAAAAAACAAAACUUCCUCCGUGACCCUUCCCUUCCCACUAACAAGGGCCCAAAGAAAUACAAAGAGUCUGAAAAAAAACCCCAACAAAACAACACCUCAGUGUAUUUUAUUUUUUUUUUUCUAAAGCUAGUGUAAAAAAGUAUAAAGAUGCCUAUUUUUCUGCUUGGUUUUAGAGUAUAUAAACACAAAACAGACUGUAUGGAAGCAAGCACCAUGUGUUUGUCUCCAGUGUGCUGUGCUCAGAUGGGCUGCUUCUCUAGAAGGUGGCUUUUUUUUUUUAAUCAACCUUGCUAAUAGAUGUCUUGCAGCAGGCUGUCCAUGUGAAGCAUUUCUGUGGAAAACUAUUUAUGAAUCUCUUACACUACAGAUAAGGUUGCCUUAUCAGGGAGUAAAAGGCCCAUAGGGGCUCAGAAUCCCUGAGUGCCAUAAAGGGCCUUUGGGAAUGUCUUUCCCAGGAGACUUCCUGUCUAUUCCUGUUGGCCCCAGGCAAGGGUCCUUAGUCCCUGAGAUCAGGACAGCCAGUUUAGUUUGGCAAUAACACCACCCUUUCCUUGCCUUCAGUCCCUUACCUUUUUUUAAGGAUUGCUUGUAGGAUU